CGCACCCGCACAGCACCGCACCCGCACCCGCGAGGGGCGCCCAGGGGGGCGUGAGGCCGAGCCCCGCGCCCUGAGGACGCAGCAGGUGUCGGUUCUGCUGCCUCGUUCGUGCCCGGGAACCGUUACCCCGGCGCUGGCGGCAGAAACCGCCCCCCGGGACGUGCUCUUAGCGCGCUGAGACACUUGUUGGCCGCGGAUUCCCCACCCGCGAGGCCUCAGGGGGCUCUUGGCGCCCCGCUCCGGAUCCAGGCCCGGUGCUGGGUAGCGAGGAGCUGCGGCUGCCCGGGGGGCACGGCGGGGCGGUGGCGCGAGCGGCGCGGCCGAGCUGCGGGGCUGCGAGGAGCUGCGGGAGGCGGGUCGCUCUGCCGCGGUGACCCCCGCGCUGCCCGCGGGAACGCGCCGGGCUCAGCCAGCGGCUGCCGGCAAGGUCACGGUCUAGGUCUGUCCUUGGGCCGUGGAAUUGGAAGGUUUUGACAGGAAUAUAGACAUUCGACUGGGAAACUUAGUGCGGAGGGUUUGUCUCCUUAACCCGCAGGUCUCCGCAGAAGGGCGGUUCCCUGCUCCGGUCGCCCGAGGAGCUCCCGUUUCUUCGGCAGUUGCAUUUGUCCCUUGUCUGCCCGUGCUGGGGCUCUGCAGGAAACGGCGGGACUGGAGACUGCAGCGCCUGAGGGACUGCACCUCUUCUUGUCAAGUUCAGCACGACAGGGCUGGAAUGAAAAUUACAAUAACUGGACUCAGAAGUUGACACAAUGGAAUACCUUGGUCAGGGCAGGGUGAUGGUCGCCUGUGUCAGAUGUGUGACAAUAUGUGGUAGCUUUAUGCUGAUUUCACUGAGGGCUCAGAGUCCAGGAUUUGUCAUGGUCAGCCCUUGAGUCUCAAUGUCAAUUGUGAAGAAACAGAAUGGUGGAUAUAAUUGAUCCAAGAUUACAGUGCACCUCACAUGUCUAUGGAAAGGGAGAAUUCUUGUGGAUUGAUUCAGUGUGGAAACCUUGAGUCUCUGGGAGGAAGGAGGUGUCCCAUGCCCCGCUGCAGACAUCCCUGUCCUGGAGGAUGAUACUCUGACUCAUGCAAAGGAAAAGAAGAGGUCUGCUGUAAAACACAACAGGAAGAUGUCCAGCGCUGCUGUGUGCCAGAGGACACCUGCAGAGCUGCCGCAGGGGUGGAAGUGAGCCACAGGCUGUAUGGAGAGCUGGGAACGCCGCGCGGCUGCACAGAUCUGACGCCAAACUAGGGCGCUAUUUUUGGUUUCCGUUCUGCUUUUCAGACACCUGUAGGUAAGUGUGAGAAGCACCACAACCUUCUGCAGCACUUCCCAGGGUGAAGGAUCCAUCGCAGGGACUGGGAUUGCUGGGAAGCAUUCUUGCUUUGCCAUCAGGAUCAAUUACAACCCAGGAAUAUGAGCUGUAAAUGUGCUGGAGUUGCCAAGACAGGAGCUGGCUGCGUGCCAGUGCUUGAAUGAGGACGUACCAUCCUGUCAGGGCCCCGUGGGAGCAGCAGGAAACACCCAGGAAUGCACGAAGCCCCACGGAGUGAAUCUGCACAAGCGAUUCCUUCCUAAACUGACUUCAGGAACUGCAUCUUGGUCCUCGUGCUCCUUUAACUCCCAGAGAAAUAAUUACACUUAACAAGACCUUAUUACCUACUGGAAAAGAUAAUGACUGAAUUCCUGGUUUGUUUUAAUUGGUGCAAUGGUGAACAGCCCCAGACGAAGAGGCGUCGGAGACUGGACCGGGAUAUGAUUGGAGAACCAAUGAACUUUGUACACACUGCACAUGUUGGGGCAGGGGAGAUGAGCAGUGACUUUUCAUCAGCUGUAUCGAUUCAGGACCACAUGAAAUCUAAAGGUGGCUACACAAAUGGCACUUCUGCAACUGUGGAGAUCUAGAAAACUGAGAGAAGGCUGAAAUCUGCUCUGUCUUAUGAGGACCCCCUGGACUGUGUGUUCAUUUUCUCUAAAACUUCUUUAUCAUGGAAAAUAGUACUUGAAUUAUAAAUAGGUCAGUGCAAGCUUUAGUGUUCUUAGCACAGUAGCUUCUGAAGCAGGUUUUGUAAAUUAUUCCUAAAGUGGUUUGUCCUGAUAGUGUUGUAGUAGCAACUGUAAUUUGUCACUCUGCAUGACUUCCUAGCUGUGUCCCAAAAAUCUCACAAAGCAGGGUGUGGAUGUAGCAUGAUAUAGGAAGUCAUUAUGAAUUGCCUGGGGAUUUGGUCUCUUUUUCUUCUCAGGAAAUGCCGAGGUUGAUUUCAUUGGAAGAUACCACAUGUUUGCACUUCUUACAUGGGCUAAACUGAAUUACUAAGUAGGAUCUUGUAGCCUAUUGUAGAACUUUGAACCUAUUUUUUAGUUGGCUUACAACCUAAUGCAUAAUUCUGCUGAGCUGUACUUUAGUAUUUUUUUAAUGUCUCUUAUUGGUGAACAAAAUCUCAUGUACAUAGUUAGCUGAGUCUGCAAAAUCCAGCAAAACUUCUGCCUUGCUCUGAUAAUGCUUUCGUAGCUAAACCUGGAGGAUCUGCAAAUGAGGCUUUGAAAAGCAGACACUUCUCUCAGUAACUGGGCUGCCUCCCUUCCACACGUGCAUUAGUGUGACUGACUACAGCAGAUCUAACAAUAUAUACCAGUUCACUUCAAGUGUGCUACAAUAUGCUCACAAUAGUGUGUUAAUUUUGCAUGACUGCUAUUGAAUUUCAAACUAAACAUAUUUAGGUCACUCUGUUACCUAUCUGUAACAGUAACUACAUAAGACUUCAAGGCUUAUCUCACUCGUCUUUCUGGCUCCUUAAUUUUAAGACUAGUUUUCUUAGAUCAACUGAAUUUUUUCUUGCAUAUGGUUUAAAGAAAAUGUAUUACUUGAGUGAUACAGCCAUAUGAAGGACAGAAAUGUGAAGAAUCUUAUGAAAACUUGCAGGACACUGUUUCCAUUUAAUAUUCUCCUGUAGAGUUCCAGCACUUCAUAAACAUUUAAAUAAAUAGCCAUAAAUAUUUAGCUAUACCCAAACUACAGUUUAUUACUUAGUUCUUACUCAUCUUUUUAUUAAGUGAUAGGACAGAGCUGCUGAAGUAGAGCUAGGUUUUUCUUUCACCCAGUCACUGACAGCUGUUCCCCAGCUCAAAAUUCUGAAUGACUACCAGUGCAGAAACAGGAAUCUGUUUGCUGUCAUGGGGUUAACUAGAUACAAGCAUUUAAAUCCCUGCCAUAUCAGCACCAGUUAUGUUGGAAGUCAAUGGAACUCUCUCCUUGCUCGCAGCAUAAGAUCAGUUACGAUUUUUUUUUGCAUUUAAAAAAUAUCUAGCUGGCAAAUAUUUUAAUUUGAAUGAUUCUGUUUGUGGCUUGUGAUACUUCUUAAAUCUAGACUGUUCACUUUGCUGAGUUGUUAAGCUGCCUUUUCAGAGGAUACUUAAAGCAUGAAAGGUAGCUCUGUGUUUCUGUGUGCAUUUAAAAAAAAAACCUCCCCCCAACCCUUAUUUCAUCUUUAGGGGCCAAAGAGGAAGACAGAAUGUUAUUUUCUCUACCAGUUAACAGCUGAUCAUAACAUUCUGCAACCACAUAAGAGAAAUCUAAUAUCCAUUUCUUGGUAGAUUCUUAUUCUUGAAUUAGAAUGCUCGCCAAAUUUUAAUAUAUUUUAAAAUUAGCAUGAGUUAGCUGUGCAUCUAUCUUUUUUAAGUAUUCAAUUUUUUUGGUCUUCUAACUUCAGAUUUAUUCCAACAGCCUGGUUAAGAUCCAGCAUUCAAAGAAGCUAAGUCCUGUAUACUAUUGAGGAAGUACAAGUGGCCAAUUUGUUUAAAGAACAGAUUCUAUUAAAUUGAUUAUUAAAUUUAUUUCAUGCAUUCAUUGGUCCAUAUCUGCCCAGAAAAAAAUGUUAGGGAAGCUGUCAAGAAGAAAAUUAGUUGCAUUUUGUUAACAGUGUAAGAAAACAAAUUGAACAGGGAGUUACUAUUUCCUGAAGACCCAUUCAGUAUGUUUAAGAUUAGUGGUGUAUGGUUAACUAGAGAGAAAGGAAUUGGUGAUCAUGUCAGUUAUUGUCUCUAAAAAUAAAUCAGCAGACCCUUAUGUAUAGAAAAAUCCUAUUUUUUCAUUAUCUAAACCAAAUAGCACUACCUGGUGUAAAACUAACCUAUUCUCAUCAGACUAUAUUGUGUUAUAUAGGACCAUAUUAGAGUCUCACAUGAUUAAAAGGAAAUUUUUUUUAUAUUGCUUUAAGAGUGCCAUUACUUUUAAAAUCUAAAGAAAUAAAAGCAUAUAUGAGGACUUAGGUAUUUUUUGUUGUAUAUUUAGACACCUUAUCUAGCUGUAAUCUGUGAUGUAUCAGUGUAAGCUUAUCUCAAUUAUAAUAAAUCUGCUGAACUAUUCACUUA